AUGCCGAAAAGAAGCUCUCCUCGAAAACUGAAGAAAAGAAGCAGGCGUCGUAUUCAGUGUUCUCGCUGUGGUAACAGCUAUUCGUAUUCAGGAUCUAGAUCACACUCAUGUAACGGAGAGCCUAACAGAGAACCGGACACCUCGUCAGAUGCUGAGAUCGAUUUCAAUGACUUCGACGAUCUUAGCAAUGAAACCUCGGAUUCAGAUCAGUCGGAAGUUUGUAGUGGCAGUGAUGGCCACGAAAAUGUUGCAAACUUUGUGCAAACCGAUCAUGAUCCUUUUUUGUCUCCAGAUGUCCGAAAGAGGUUAAGAGAUCGGUUGAGAAAACGGCUUAAUGAGGAGGACAUGGAUCACUUUGACGAUGACGAUCCCGAUGCCGCUGACAGUAGCAAUGACACUGUUGAUUCUGUUAAUGAGGAGUGGGACAGUGAAGGCAUGCCCAGUGAUCCGAGUGAUCCAAGAGAAGAUUUUGUUGAGCCUGACCAGAGUCAAGAAACGCAAAACAGUGCUAGUUCAGGGCAAUUAUCUGAGAAUUGCCGUGUGCUUGUUUAUUGGCUGCUGUUAUUUAUAUUUUCAUGGCAGUGUGGAUUUUCUGUGACUGACUCAGCAGUGGAUAUGCUGGUUAAGUUUCUCAGUCGUUUCUUUUGGAUUGUUGGUACCUUUGACUAG